AUGGUGAAGGCGGAUUGUAUCUUGAGGCUGACAGCGUUAGUAAGUGCUCUAGAUAUUUCAUGGGAGCUGGUUAAUGUGGGCAAUCCCACGACGGUCAUGGCUGGGCGUAGUUCCACGAUGUGUGCUUCACUGAUUGGUCGUGCAUUUUCCGCAUUGACUCGGGUAAUACGUCCUGUUGCCAGUCGAUUCCUGAAGUCGCUGCCGUCUCCCACACCUUCUAAAGCCAUACUCUUGUUCGCCAUGAAACUGAUUGUAUCCACGAACGACGGCUUCAACUGCACAAGCGUGUGUCCGCCUGGGAAUAAUUCGUUUCGUAAUGGCAUCAUCAAUUCCACAUCCGGCAACCUCUUCACCUCCACCGACCAACAACCCGGCAUCCAAAAUAAAGUACAGUCCGUGCGUAACUCAACCACAAACCACACCUCCUCCAAAUGA